AUGGCCUCCCAAGCGCUCCUCCCCAGCGUCCUCCUCCUGCUUCUGCCCGCACCCACCCCUGCCCCCUGCUACACGGCCGCACGCUCUGAGUGCCGGCGCAACCUCAAGUUCGUGCCCGGCUCCUGGCUGGCAGGGGAGGGCGUGGAUGUGACCAGCCUCCGGCGCUCAGGCUCCUUCCCGGUGGACACACAGCGCUUCCUGCGGUCCGACGGCACCUGCACCCUCUGCCGCAACGCCCUGCAGCAGGGCGCCGUCCAGCGACUGCCCCUGGCGCUCACCGACUGGCGCGCCCAGGGCUCGGGCUGCAACCGCAAAGUGGUCAAGGGUGAGGGUCGCUCCACCGAGGAGGUGGCUGGGGCGGCGGCCAACACCAUCCGUAACGACUGGCGGGUGGGGCUGGACGUGACUCCCAAGCCCAGCAUCAACGCGCGCGUGACCGUGGCGGGCUCGCACUCCAAGGAAGCCAACUUCGCGGCCCAGAAGACUCACCAGGACCAGUACCGCUUCAGCCUGGACUCAGUGGAGUGUCGCUUCUACAGUUUCCACCUGGUGCACGCUCCCCCACUGCACCCUGAGUUCAAGAGGGCCCUCAAGACCCUGCCCCCCCACUUCAACAUCUCCACCGAGCCUGACUACCGGAGGCUCAUCUCCAGCUAUGGUACCCACUUCAUCCGGUCCAUGGAGCUGGGCGGCCGCAUCUCGGCCCUCACCGCCCUGCGCACCUGCGAGCUGGCCCUGGAAGGGCUCACGGCCCAGGAGGUUGAGGACUGCCUGGCCGUCGAGGCCGAGGUCAGCAUAAAAAGCCACACCAGUGCCUCGUCGGCAUUCAAGAAGUGUGAGGAGAAGAAGAAACAGCACAAGAUGGGGGCCUCCUUCCACCAGGCCUACCGGGAACGCUGCUCUGAGGUCGUUGGCGGCCACCACACGUCCAUGCAUGACCUGCUGUUCGGGAACCAGGCCGGGCCCGAGCAGUUCUCAGCCUGGGUGGCCUCGUUGCAGGACAGCCCCGGCCUGGUGGACUACACGCUAGAGCCGCUCCACAUGCUCCUGGACAGCCAGGACCCGCAGCGGGAGGCGCUCAGGCAGGCUGUGAGCAAGUACGUGACGGACAGGGCACGCUGGAGGGACUGCAGCCGCCCGUGCCCCCCGGGGCAGCGCAAGAACCCUAAGGACCCGUGCCAGUGCCUGUGCCAUGGCUCGGCGGCCAUCAACCAGGACUGCUGUCCCAGGAAGAGGGGCCUAGCCCACCUGGAGGUCAUGAACUUCGUGGCGACGGGUCUGUGGGGAGACUUGACCACUGCCACGGACGCCUACCUGAAGGUCUUCUUCGGCGGCCAGGAGCUGAGGACCGACACGGUGCAGAACAAUAACCACCCCAGGUGGAUGACACGGCUGGACUUCGGGGAUGUGGUUCUGACCACAGGGGGCCCCCUGAGGGUGCAGGUCUGGGAUGCAGACUAUGGCUGGGACGACGACCUUCUCGGUACCUGUGACCAGACUCCAAAGUCUGGCUCACACGAGGUGAAGUGCUGUCUGAAGCAUGGUCACCUGAGAUUCUCCUACCACGCUAAGUGCUUGCCCCACCUGGCAGGGGGGACAUGCCUGGAGUAUGCGCCCCAAGGGCUUCUGGGGGAGCCUCCAGGAAACCGGAGUGGGCCAGUGUGGUGA